AUGCUGUCCAGUCAGGCGACGUACCCGACUUCAACAAACGUGGUGGAAAGUCCCAAGCUGGUCGCUGCUUUCACUGCUCUUCUGCAGGAGCAGGCUCAAGGAGAGCUAGAGUCUCGCUACGCAGACUGCGUUCGGUUGAUAGAAACGGCCAAUAGCCUGUCCAGUCGGAACUUACACGAGGACCCGCGAUCGAGUUAUUUUAAGGCGAUUGCAACGCUUCUAGGGGAUAGCUUCACAGUUCCGCUCACUUAUUCUCGGGAUGGUGGCGUCAUAUCAGAGGUGUACACGAAUCUUGGCAUGGACGAGAGGGUGCAGCUGAUGGUGUGCUGCAACGGGAUUGCUCGUUGCAUGGCGAAGUUGUAG